AUGCCGCACUCCUACGGUUACAGGGCGCGCACGCGCCAUAUGUUCACGCGUGGCUUCAAAGAACAUGGCCCGAUUAAGCUGUCCACGUUCCUCGUCAACUACCGUGUCGGUGACAUCGUCGACAUCAAGGCAAACGCAGCCCAGCAGAAGGGCAUGCCACACAAAUUCUACCAUGGACGUACCGGUAUCGUGUACAAUGUAACACCGCACGCGGUCGGUGUUAUCGUCAACAAAGUCGUUGGAAACCGUUACAUCGAAAAGCGUGUAAAUAUCCGUGUCGAACAUGUUCGUCACUCGAAGUGUCGACAGGAGUUCCUUGAACGUGUGAAGCGCAAUGAGCGACUUCGUGCUGAGGCGAAGGCAAAGGGCGAAUCCGCUCCGUUCUUGCGUCGCAUCCAGCCUGCUCCACGGGAAUCACGCAUCGUCUCAACAAAAGACAAUGCCCCACAGACGAUUGUCCCAGUACCGUAUGAGACGACUAUUUGA